ACAGGAGAAUAAUUACGUGCGUUCCAGUGAAGAGGCCAAAUUUUUUAUCCCAAUUUUCGCUAUCGUAGGUAUCAUCAAAACGGAAAAUUUAUUUCGAUCCUAAUGAGCCGCCGAAAAAAUCGGCAACUGGUAAAUAGUAGCUAUAACAGUAAUAAUGAUGAUAAUAACAACAAAUACUGUUGCGUCAGUGGUGGCAUCAUCCUAGAGUUGCCGGAAGGCAGAUGUACAAUCAGAAAUAGGCCAACCAACAUUUGUGCAGCUGAGAUUACGUUGUCGGCUUUUAACGGCGAUUCUGAUAUGUUUGACGCUAAACACGUGUACGUGAGUAUCAGCCCACGCCGUAUAAUCUAUGUGUAGGCGAAUGGUUUCAUCCACGCGUCGAUGCCCAUACAUACAGUGUGCUUGAAACCCCAUAGCACCCAUACCUUUCAAAGGAUGGAAGACGUUUGAAUAAUUUUACAAUUGAUAAAUAACGAAAUAGUGGAGCCUCAGUUUCCUGCAGCAUAUACCAUACUCAUAUGCUUUAUUUCUCGAUAAUAGUUCUGGGUGCAAGUGUUUGAGCAUUUGUUGCUGUCACAUGGAUAGAGAAACGCGUAUGUGGUCUCGUUAUCGCCUUUGUGCGUUUUUUCCAAAGGAAAUUACGAAUACGUUGUUAGAAUCAUUUUCAUAUGUCAGUGAAUAAGACAGGAAUUGUGCAAUUUUUACUCGCUAGUCUUUUAUUAAUACGUUACUUUUCUUUUAUCUCUCGUCAUCAUUUUGCAACGUUUGUCGUUGGUGUUGCACGAAAUGAAUUUUGCAAUUGUGUGGUGGAGUUUCUAUGACAGUCGCGUAUCGGAAUCUCCAGAUGAAAUUGUCUUAGUCAUUGUAAGACGGGAGUUUGUGCCGUGAGUAGAGUUUGCGAAAAAAAACAUAUAUUCGCGUACAGUAAUCUAGCUCACGCGAUUCUUAUCGAUAAGUCAACUGAUAAGGGGACUUUCUCAAUUUCAAUGGCACACGCCUACCUCCACGGUAUCAGAGACCGGUGGGAUUUUCGAUGACAGGGCUUUGGCAAUUUUAUUGUACAGACAUGUGAUAAGUGAAGUGAAGAUGUGGCUGUAUGAAUUUAUGUUAUUUGUGUUUUUUUGUGCUGGGAUUUUUGAGGCACGGUUACUCGGUUAUCCAGAAGAUCCACUUUUACUUUGCGCCGUUCAGACGUCAUGCAAGAGCUGCCUGGAGAGCAGCUCGUCCUGCGCCUGGUGCAGUGAAUGGAACUUCUCGAAUUCCACCGUCGGCCGGUUGCGGUGCAGCAGUGCCGACCGUUUGGAGGCAUUUGGUUGUCCUAGAAAUUCUAUAAAACUCGCAUCCGCUGGACUUGUGAGCGUCGUAACUGACAAGAAGUUUCAGGAUGUUGACAAAUCAUAUGCACCACCGGUUCAAUUACGACCGCAAGGGAUAAAGGUCAAACUCCGACCCCACAGCACUGAAACGGUGCACAUACAGUAUCGGGCGGCAAGCAAUUAUCCUCUGGAUCUAUAUCUUUUGAUGGACCUCACGUGGUCGAUGAAGGACGAUAAGGACACAAUAGUGAGUCUAGGACAGGAAAUGGCACAUACUUUGGGGACAUUUACAGAAAAUGUUCGAUUGGGCUUUGGAAGUUAUGCCGACAAACCACUUAUGCCUUACGUCUUUCCGGGUCAUGAGGACAAUCCCUGCAGGAGUGAGGGUAGUGUCUGUGCACCGUUAUACUCAUUCAAACAUCACCUGACUCUCAGUGAUGAUAUCCGACGAUUCAUUCAACAGGUAAACGCUAGUCAUGUCACGGGGAAUGUUGAUAACUUGGAGGGCGGAAUGGAUGGAGUGGUGCAGGCUAUUGUCUGCAUGAAGCAAGUUGGAUGGGCGAGACACGCGAGGAAAUUGAUGCUCAUUGCCACUGAUGGAUUUAUGCAUUUUGCCGGCGAGGGAAAACUGGGUGGGGUAGUACAGAGACAUGACUUCUCUUGCCACUUGGAUGAAGCAGGUGAAUACUCAAUGUCGAAAUUCUUCGAUUAUCCCUCACUCGCCGAGAUUUCAAGGCUCUUGAACCGCAAGAAAAUCAAUCUGAUCUUCGCGGUGACUGAGGACCGAAGAUCGGAGUACGAGCAAAUUGCGGGACUUUUGAAGGAAAAAGCGAGAGUUGCGACACUCACAUCUAACAGUUCUAAUAUUCUGGAGAUUAUUCGGCAAUCUUAUCACGAUAUACUAACGAAAAUUGUUCUCCGAGAUAACUCGAGCGCCCCGGUCGAUCUCCGGUACUAUUCGAACUGUGGUAAAGUUGGAAGGAAAAAAAAAAUUACCUCGGAGUGUGAUGAUAUACAGUUGGGAAAAAUCUAUAAUUUCACCAUUGAAUUAUCACUUAAAGAUUGCCCGAAAGAUUCGAAACUCUGGACUCAAAGGAUAGUGAUCGACGACGCCCUGGCAUCAGAAGCCUCCAAGACCAUCAUUGAUGUUCAACUCCAGUGCGGAUGUGACUGUGAAAACCCAAAUAGCCCCCACUGCAAUCACGGAAUUGAUGAGUGUGGGAUUUGUAAGUGCGAUCACGCCUGGUCCGGAGAAACAUGUGACUGCGACGAGAGUGCAUGGACUGAGAACAGAUUGCUGUGUAUUGCACCUCAGGAGUCGCGGACCUGCAGCAAUAGAGGAGAGUGCACUUGUGGAAGUUGCACCUGCGAUCCUGGGUACAAUGGAAAGUACUGCGAGUGUACGGCUUGCGAAAAAAUUAAUGGAAUCGAGUGCAAAGGGAGAGGCACUUGCAACUGUGGUGUCUGCAAUUGCCUUGAAGGAUGGGCGGGUGACUCAUGCCAGUGUCCAACUGGCAAUGAACUUUGUAUUGCACCCGGAAGUACCGACAUAUGCGGUAAUCACGGUUAUUGUGACUGUGGGCAGUGCCGAUGUAACGUGACAUCACCAGGGGAUGGUUUACUCUAUCGGGGAGUAUAUUGUGAGUCUUCUGCGAGUGCCGGGGGUAGUGGAUUAUGCGUACUUUAUGAAGCUUGUGUCAAUGCUACAAUUGAAACACCGGAAAUCGCGGAUAAAGUCUGCCAUCGAGAUGGAAAUAAUUCCUAUGGGACUGAGAUAAUCGAUACUGUGGAUAUUGAUAGUGAUCAUUACUGCAUUAUAAGAACUGUCAGAGAUAAUGUCAUUUGUACCAUACCAUACGUUUAUUACUUCACCCGCGAGAACCAAGUUCUACUGAAAAUUGCUCCAAAGGAUUGUCGAACACGUCUAUCGGCAGCAGUUAUACCCAGUACGAUAUUUGCUCUGAUCGUUGGACUGGGCAUUUUAGCUCUUCUCAUAUGGAGAUGCGUGACAGCCAUUAAAGACCGGAAGGAGUAUGCGAGGUUUGAGGAAGAACAGAAGAGAACUGUAUAUGCCCUAUCAGAAAAUCCACUGUAUCGACCUGCAAGGUCAUUCUUCACAGUACCUGAAAAUUUCAAAGAAGAUUAAGUGAUGUGCAAUAGGUUUUCUAAAACCAACGUUGAGACGUUGAAUUUUCUGGAUUUUUUGUACUACAAACUAUUAAACACAAACUAUUAAAGUUCUGCCAGAUCUUA